AUGUCAACACCCCAAGGAUCUGGAUCUGGCUCCGGCUCUGGCAUUGGCCCACACUACUAUGUUGGACCCUUCGGUCGUAUGUUACCCACAGAUGGCCCAUCCUCGGAGCAGCAACCCGGGCUUUCAGCUAAUUUACAAGAAUCCACGGACCUUCCAUACCAGCUUCCACCCCCGCGUGCACAUGCUAGUCUACAAUUCGGUUCUGAUCCUUUUACGCGGCAGCAAGAAAGUUCCCAGGGCAAAGACAGUCGAUCAAAUCACCAGAAGCCAGAGCAACUUCCCUCCGUGAGUCAAAUACUCACUCCAACACCGAGUACCAAUUCACAAUAUCCUCAACCAUUUGCGAGUUCGAUACCAAACAUGGGGCGUCGUGAACCUGCAUAUCCGCCUCAUUAUCACGAUCCAAAUCUCCAGGUUUCGCCAACCUCUGUACAUGAUAGAGGCCGCUCUGAAUCUCUCCCACAACUGCAUACUGGCCUGCCUUCAUUGUCACAAGUGGCUCUGCAUGGCCAUGGAGGGAUACGAAAUCACACACCGACAAGAAGUGAUCCAUCCGCUACACCCUUUCCACACGGCCAGCUACCCUUUCACAGCACAUCCUCACAUGAUCAAGCACUAAGCGGGGAGCUAUCAUCACCGGAAAGUUCGAAUCUGUCACGCAACCAGCCCCUCCGCCCUCAUGUGGUAGAUGAGCGAGUAAUUGACGGGGAGCUUUGCUUCGUCUAUGCAGACGGGUCCUUCUGUCCCAAAUUCAUCGACGGCACACCCGUCAACGCAAAUUGGGGUGUAACGAAGGCAGGCAGGCCGAGAAAGCGCCUUGGACUGGCCUGCUUGACCUGCCGUGAGAAGAAGAUCAAGUGUAACCCUAACCCAACUCCCAAGGCCGUAUGUGAUCAAUGCCGGAAAUCUGGGCGUGAAUGCAGGUUCGAAAGUGCCCCGCGGGGGAACCGCCCUCCGUUGAGAGGAUCAACAGGGCCAUCUGGCAGACCCGACCCUUACGCCCCUACUAGCCAUGGUGCUUUGGAUGUUUCUACCUCACCUUACGACAUCGCUCGAGCCUCGGAUAGUGCGACCUCCCUUCCUGGGACUACCGGCCACUCACCGAUCUCAGAAGGCUCGAUGCUAACGCCGUCAGCCCAAGAAGCAACGUAUGAAACCAUGGCCGAGGCGGACAAAGCUGCAAGAUCCCGAUCUUACCGAUUCCCACCGUCUUUAUCCGGAACAGAUGAUACCAUCGGACGACCGUCGCCACAUAUCGAGUCUACUCGUUCGCCCGAGUACUCUGACAUUCUGGGGGAACUCAAGGACAACAACUCGGCCGACCCCCUUGCGGCAUCAUGGCAGAUAGACCCCUAUGAAAACGACCCGGAGACGGCAGUUCACUACGCCGAGUGUUAUUUCUUGCACGUGAAUGAUGGUCUGUACCACAUGUUCCCGCAUGGACGAUUCGGCUCGUGGUUGAAGACCUACCCCACCAAGUCUGCGGACGACAAGAUGCUCCUUUAUUCAAUGAUGGCUCUUGGAUCUGUGUUCUCAGAUAGACCGGACAAAAUGGAAGCUAUGAAACGAUAUUCUCGCAUAGCACGCUUUGCCAUUAACAGAAGCCAGCAUACCCUCUCUUUGCAACUUGCUCAGAGCCAUAUCAUAAUGAGUCUUUGGUACUAUGCUACAGGGUCGCUGGUCGGCUCUUGGGACUCGAUCGGCGCAGCAGGAAGAGCCGUCUUCGGGCUUCGUUACAACGUGGAAUCUGGCGGUGUUGUUGUGGAUCAAAGCCAGAUGUGUGAGUACGGGUUACAUCCACAGGCCUUGAUUGAGUGCAGACGGCGCACAUUUUGGAUUGCUUUCGUGCUUGAUCGCUUCUCGAGCCUCUAUUCCGCUUCGUCGACUUUCAUCUCGUCAGAUGCAGCCCUGCUGAGACUCCCAUGCCGAGAAGAAACCUAUGAGACUCAGCAGUACGCGACUGUCCCCUAUUUCCAAUCAUUCCUCAACCACAUCCCAGCCUCCACCGGCGACGAUCGCUCUACCCUAAGCCCAAUGGCCUUUUUAAUCGAGAUCAUGGCUAUUUGGGGAGACAUUUCCCUGCAUAUAACCCGGUUACCACACAUCCCUCCCGAGGCGUACAACCGACUCGCCGAAGAAUUCCACACCACCAUCGUCCAGAAAUCUAACCAAUGGAUGACCCGACUUCCCGAGUACCUGGCAUUCUCACACAUAAAUCUAGAACGAAGCAUCCGGCAAAGAAAAGCAGAUACCUUCAUUUCCACCCAUUUGUUCUACCACGCCAGUUUGAUGAAACUGUACAGACACGCCCGCUACCAGAGCCUCCAACCCGAAAUACUAGGCCAGUAUAUCCACCGAGCUCGAUAUCACGCCGUCGAAAUCCUCCGCAUCUCCCUUACCUUCGACCAAUACGCCAAAAAGAUCGUCCCAUCUCGACACAACACAGAGACUUUCAUCUGUCAAUCAACCCUCCUGAACCCAUUCCUCGGUUACGUGAUUCUAUCAGCCGUGGACAUCCUCAGCUCCGCUGGUCUAGCGUCCCAGUUGCACGAGUGCAUCUCUUAUAUUAGAGGUGCGCUGGACACCGUUCAAGAACUCGGUCGCUAUUGGGAUAGCUCUUUGCAACUAGUCGCCGUUCUUCAUAGACGUCUGGGUCUGAUGAUUAGCUGUCUGAAUGAGCGCAGCGUCCUGACGGAGAAACAGGGCUUUGCGCUUGAUGGCCCGCCGCUUGAGACGAAGGUCCAUGCCGGCGCUUUGCAUUCUCAUCCGCCUGCAACUAUGGGUGAGGAUCUUUUUACGGGUUCCAUGCCUAGAGAAGUGCUUUUGAAUACUUUACGACUUGAUGAGACACUCAUCUCGGAGAGUGGUAUUGCUUGGAUUAGAGAUCCAUGA